CUGUCGUGCGUCUCUGCCUUCUUGAGUCGUUUGCCCGCCUGGAUCUGGUCCAGGAGAGCGUUGCGAGACAUCUUGGCUGCAGAAGCUGUCCUGUCGGCUCGUCGGCGACUGCCUUGCUGCGCCUGAUCUGCUCCACUGCAAGACUGUCGCGACCGUGCUGAAGCGCUCAAGCUGUCAAGCGAAAGUCAGCGUGUCGAGCAGGCCACGAUGUCCAAAGACGGGCUGUUGUUCGACGCCGGACAGCAUGCCAGCGAGGAUCUCGCGUUCAAGGAUUUCGGCUCGAACUAUCCCAGUAGCCCAGCAGGAGAUGGCAGAAGUCUCCCGACAGGCAAUGUCGGCUCAGGCCUGUAUGAUCCGGACGAGGCCAUGCAACGGCAGAUAGGCGGCUCAGGACUCUUCUCACUCGAUUUCUACAGCAAGUACUUUGACAUUGACACCAUGACCGUCCUCGAGCGAUCAUGGCGGACGAUGUAUCCGAGAGAAGACUAUGUCGAUCAUGUGCUCAACGGUCAGCCAGACCUCUACGGACCAUUCUGGCUGCCGACGACGCUCAUCUUUGUGCUCUUCCUCUCAUCUUCGCUCUCGUCAUCCAUCAAUGCCUAUCUUGCCGGCGAGGCGUAUUCUUACGAUUUCACGCGCUUGACCGUCGCAGUGACUAUCGUGUACAUUUAUGCGCUCGCGAUACCAAUCUUGCUCUGGGCAGUCUUCAGAUACUGGGCGGGUAUCACCUCGAGAGGGCCAGUCGAGAUGCUCAGCCUGUACGGCUACGGCCUCGCGCCUUGGAUCUUUGUAGCUCUUCUAUCCAUUCCGCCUCUGCCAGCCGUGCGGCUGCUCUUCACGCUGAUUGCCUUUGCUGUCUCUGGCGGCUUCAUCUUGCGAAACAUAUACCCGGUCCUCAACUCGGCGCCCUCAAAAAUGGCAAGAGGGCUCAUCAUUGCCGUCGUCGUCCUGCACGCGGGGCUGACGAUCGCACUCUGGAUUGCCUUCCUUGCAGGUGGCGGGCAGCCCGCUAAGACCAUCACGCCGACGCCGGGCACGCCAUCAGACACGCCUGCUGAUGACGCUAGAUAA